AUGCCCAGACUGGACGACCACUUCUGGAGCUGCUCGUGUGCUCAGGGCGCCAGGCACCGAGGCCGCCCGGCAGCCCGCGCCGGAGGGCUGGCGGCCAAGGUCGGGGAGAUGAUCACCUCCUCGGUGGCCGGGUCCGCCCGCAGCGCCCCGGACCCCGACCCAGCUCCCGCGCCCCGGGGCCCGGGCGAGGGGGGCUAUGCCACCAGCUGGCACCACCACCUGCUGCAGAGGAGCCUGGUGCUCUUCUCCGUCGGGGUGGUCCUCGCCCUCGUGCUCAAUCUGCUGCAAGUGCAGAGGAACGUCACCCUGUUCCCCGAGGAGGUGAUCGCCACCAUCUUCUCCUCCGCCUGGUGGGUCCCUCCCUGUUGUGGGACGGCGGCUGCGGUUGUCGGCUUGUUGUACCCCUGCAUCGACAGUCACCUCGGGGAGCCCCACAAGUUUAAGCGGGAGUGGGCCAGCGUGAUGCGCUGUGUGGCGGUGUUCGUGGGCAUCAACCAUGCCAGCGCUAAGUUGGAUUUUGCCAAUAAUGUUCAGCUCUCCCUGACUUUAGCGGCCCUGUCCUUGGGCCUUUGGUGGACAUUUGACCGUUCGAGAAGCGGCCUUGGGCUCGGGAUCACCAUCGCCUUCCUCGCCACGCUCAUCACCCAGCUGCUGGUGUACAACGGCGUCUACCAGUACACCUCCCCAGACUUCCUCUACAUCCGCUCCUGGCUGCCCUGCAUCUUCUUCUCCGGGGGCGUGACGGUUGGGAACAUAGGACGACAGCUGGCCAUGGGCGUCCCCGAGAAGCCACACAGCGACUGA